AUGGCCGAGAAGGUAGAACCACAUGUACAGGUGCCCUCUCAAGAGGUGGCCUUCAACACUCUCAUCAAGCCGCAAGCUCGCGAGCCUUAUGACCCAAGCGUCACUUUCGAGGAAUAUUCCUUCUACGCACAGAAGACUCGAGCAGAGGAGCUGAAUUUGGAGUCGCCCGUUCUCAACAUACGGCGUGUCCUCGGAGGAAAACGUGAAAGUUUCGGUCAUGUUAAUCGGGUCACUACCCAUCUGACUGCGAGUGACUUUACGCAUCGCGAAAGAAGACUAUUGAUCACUGAUGAAGAGUGGACUAAUGCAAGCCGGACAUUCAGAUCCGCUUCGUGGGGAGCCUGCUUCUUUCUUAUCACUACCGACAUCAUGGGGCCAUAUAGCACUGGUUUUACCAUAGGCACACUGGGAUGGGGGCCAGGCAUUGUAUUCUACACCGUCUUUGGUAUCAUGGCUGGGUACUCGGGGUAUCUCAUCUGGCGAGUCUUCCUUGGCGUAGAUAGCUACGAAUAUCCAGCAAAGAACUACGGAGACCUUGGUUUCCGAACAAUUGGUCGAUUUGGUCGCUACGUGACAAAUAUUUGCCAGGGAGUUUCUCUGCUCCUAAUUGUUGGGCAAGUCACGAUUUUGUUCGGUCAGAACAUCUCCCAGAUGUCCAAAUUUCGCCUUUGCUAUGCGGUCUGUCCGGCCAUCUUUGCCUGCGCUGGCUUUGUUGUCACCCAGGUCCGCACUCUGAGAAACUACGGUUGGUUCGCAAAUCUUGCUGUUUGGAUGAACUUAUUCGUCGUUUUCAUGUCGAUUGGUGUCAUGGCUAGCUCGCCUCCAAAUUAUCACAUCUCCACCCUGGGAUCUGCAGGGAGCGCGGUGGCUCCGGAAACCAUCAAGCCUGACAAGGCCGGCAACUACCCUCCAAUCAUUCACUACAACACCAUUCCCUCUGAUGGAUUGAUUGGCGCUCUCAACGGCAUGCUGUCUGGAGUGACAGCAUAUGCAGGCGCCCAACUAUUCGUGGAAUUCCUGGCCGAGAUGAAACGGCCGCGGGACUUUAUCAAGGCGAUGUGGGGUGCUCAAUUCUUCAUCUAUGCCGUCUACCUAACAUAUGGCUGUGUGGUGUAUCAUCUGCAAGGACAGUACAGCUACAAUCCAAGCUACCAGGGUGUUAGUAUUUACGCAUGGCAAACUGUGGGUAACAUGGUGUCCCUUCUCGCGGCUCUGAUUUCAGGAGGUCUAUAUGGCAACAUUGGUAUCAAGGUGUUUUACAACAACGUUCUGCUCGAUAUCUUCAAGGCUCCCCCUCUCACCACUCGGACUGGAAAGUUCAUCUAUGCUGCAUUGGUUCCUCUUUGGUGGAUUAUUGCAUUCAUUAUCGCGGCGGCCAUCCCUGAUUUCUUUGGAUUUGUCAGUGUGGUCGCGGCCUCUAUGCUUCUCAACCUGACUUACGCCUUCCCUCCACUAUUUGCAUUGUGUUUUGACAUUCACAAGAACGCCAUGCACCAGGCUGAUGGUGCAGGGUUCGAUCCCGUGACUGGACGUGUGUCCAGAAGUGACACUGCCUCUAGACGGUGGAUGCGAGGCUUUAUGGCUGGCGGCCCAAUUCAAGUCGCUAUCAAUAUCUGGCACGUCAUUUACUUUUUGGCAGCGCUCGCAAUGAGUGGACUUGGCAUGUAA